AUGUCCCCUGGCCCCUUAGCAGCAGCAGCAGCAGCAGCAGCAGCUGACGAAGCAGCAGCAGCAGCAGCAGCAGCAGCUGACGAAGCAGCAGCAGCAGCAGCAGCAGCAGCUGACGAAGCAGCAGCAGCAGCAGCACAGGAAGCAGCAGCACCCCAUCCACUGCACUGGCAGCUACACCGGGUUCCCGGUAGCAGCAUCUCACGCAAGUCAGCAGCAAAAGCAGCAGCAGCAGCAGCAGCAGCAGCAGCAGCAGCAGCAGCAGCUCGGACCCAGCCAGCCCAGCAACAGCAGCAGCAGCCACUUUCCCAAACUGCUGCAAAACAACCCAGCGAGCCCCAAACCACCAGCAGCAGCAGGAACAGCACUAACAGCAGCAGCAGCAACAGCAGCAGCAGCAGCAGCGACAGCAGCAGCAGCAGCAGCAGCAGCAGCAGACUUGAUGAAGAGGAAGAGGGGCCCCUUGUCUGUGGGGUCGGAAGCAUCACAAAAUCCCAACAAGUUCUUUUUGCUUCUUUGCGACAAAUCCAUUUUGCUGCUGCGGACGCAACUCAUCAGCGGCGCCCAAACGCUUAG